AGUCAUUCAGUGUAUUCAAGCCAGACUAAGCGGACAUGAUUUUCGACUCUGUUAUCAUUGUGUUCAUAACAGUACCCAAUAGAGAAAUCUUUUCCCCCAACAGGCCGUCCAAGGAAAGUGACAACUGAACGUCGAUUGACAUUUGUGAGACAUAUCAUUAGACAAGACGAAAAACGUUUACCAAAGUCAGACUUAAACAUGAAAGCCAAAAUGAGGAACGUAAAAAAAUGGCGUCACACCUUUUUCGAAGUCCUGAAUUCCGUGGAGCCAGCUGGGAAAAGGCUGUGAAGUCGCAUUCGACUCAUUUCUGUGGAUAGAGCUUGCAGCCCUAUGCGUCGAAUGAGGCGCUUCAGUCUAUGUGUUUCUGAACAGUUUAAAAUAAACAAUGCUACGUUUGUCAUUCAACUGGUUAGAUGAGAUGAUUAGAGUGCCGUAAUCUCACUCAUAGUGUUCCUGGGUGAAGCCCCGGACGCCGAGCGUUAUUCUACUUUUCUGGGAUUCAGAAACUCUUUCUCCUGGCGUCUACAAGGAAUUAUUUUUCUCAAAUUCGAGAUGUUCAGAAGGUGUGUCAAGAAGCUGAUUUUUCUAUCCCUGACCCUCACAGUUGGGUCACUACUGUUUCAUUUGGUGUACAUUACAGAUGUCCAGCAUCGUCCCACUAAAGAACUCGUUUCCGACUUCAAAUCGAGUCUAAACUCUGAGCUAAACAAUCAUGAAAGAUCAUUGAAGUAUCACAACGUGACGUUUUUCAAAGACAUCAAUGUCAACAUUCCUGGACAAACAAAAAACAUUAAACCACAACGUUUCAAGCCACUGGAUCCUCCCCCACCUACCAUCCCCUUAAAAAACCGCGUUCUGCAACCUCCCAGUUCUUCUGACAAUAAAGGGUCGUCGCUGGCAAGUAAAAAGCUGGACAUUGGGAUAAAAAAGCGAAACAAUACAAAGAAUGUUGAGGGCAUUGAGGAGAAAGGUAAAAACAUGACAGGGGAAGAGAACUCUCAGAACUUAUCAACUAAUAUUCUAAAAGCUAUAACAGAAAUGACCAUUGAGAAACAGGGGAAGCAAGUUUCCAACAGCUCAGUUCAAGGUGCCGGAGUUAAUCAUGAAAAGCCUCACGAGACUGAUAAUGACGAGGAUUAUGACCCAGACCGACCAAAUGAUUUUAGAGAUGGAGUAUUCGAUAAUGAAAUUAUGUCGUUCGAAAUUGAACAAAAACGUUUCUCUUUGACAAAGGACGGCGUGACCUUUUGCCCUGACAGACCCCCACAUCUCCUUGGCAGUCUUGCUGGCUUGUACAAUGAGAUCACAAAAGAAGAAUUGCAAGAACUUUUUCCAGAAAUGGAGAGCGGUGGGCGUAUUCGACCACCUGAUUGUGUCCCAAAGCAGAGGAUGGCGAUAAUAAUGCCCUAUCGUAAUAGAUUUCCGCAUCUGCAUAUCGCCCUCCAUAACCUGAUCCCGUUUUUGAAGCGCCAGCAGGCCGAUGUGACAUUCUUUGUUAUCGAACAGGCCCCGGGGUCAACUUUCAACAGAGGCGCCUUAUUGAAUAUUGGCUUCCUGGAGGCCGAGAAACUUGGCAACUUUGAUUGUUACAUCUUCCACGAUGUUGACCUGAUUCCGUUGAAUGACAAAAAUCUGUACAGGUGUGAGUCCAAUCCCAGGCACUACGCUGUGGCUAUGAAUAAAUUCAAUUUUAAACUGUUCUAUUCAGGCUAUUUCGGAGGUGUGGUUGGGUUCUCCAAGGAACAGUUCCUGAAGGUCAAUGGGAACUCAAACUUGUACAUCGGAUGGGGCGGAGAGGACGAUGAUUUGCUGAAGAGGUUGUAUAAUAAGGAGUACAAGAUGUUACGAUAUCCAACAACUAUUUCUCGUUAUUUUAUGUUAAAACACACACGAGACAAAGGAAACGAGGCCAACCCACUGAGAAAGGCCAUCUUGAGUAGUGCUCUCAAGCGACAAGACAUUGAAGGCCUGAACACAGUGAAAUACAAAGUGAUCAAUAUCACAUUAGAUCCUCUGUACACUUGGAUCAAUGUUUCCAUCAAUACCACCGAAAUACUUCUGACUGCUCCAGCCAUGACCCUUCAGGACGUCGACAACGCGAAGAAAAAAUGGCACCAGGAAAAGAUGCGCAAAGAGAAAGCCAGGCUAGAAGCUCUUCAGCGAAGGAACGUCUCCAACACGUCCGCCUCUGCCAAAAACGUCACUCAAGUCAUCUCUCAUGAUUCAGUUAACUCUAAAGUCACUUCCAGCGCUAUCCCCUCUUUGGUUGAGUCUCAACAAAUAACUGACGCGAACACAACUAUCUUAAGAAACAAACUCCCAGAAAGCAAAGUCUUUGAGCCUAGCUGAUGAUGCAAAAAGGCUAAGUCAUGGGAUAAGGCUGAAUUAUGGGGAAAGGCUGAAUGACGCGAAAGGGAAAAGUUAACAACUAACAUAUAGUAGGGACUCCAAUUGUGGAUCGGCAAACAAUGAAUAAGAUAAGACUAGUUCUUACAUUUGAAUACCUAAAAUAAAUAAAACAAAACAUUUAAAAAAAACAACUUAAUAGAAUAAUAAUAUGUCGGCUAUCUAACUGCAUGUAAUAUUCGUGUGACCAUCCAGCAUCUCACCAUCACGUGAUGCUGUUAAUAUAGAUCCACGCUCCUCAUUCACUAUGAACUUAUGAUGAUCUUGAGGUCUAAUCUUCGUUAAUGGACCUCAUUCGCCAAAACGAACAGUCACGUCAUGACCAAUGAUUAAAAACUGCAAAAAAUAAGGUCCCGUGCUAUUCAUGUUUGAUUCGAAUUAGUUCGUAAGUUGUGUAGUGUAGGCAGAGAAAUAUGGCUCAAGGGUAUUUGUUUACGAUUGGUGAAUUAGACGAAUUGAGUCUAUGGCAGUAUUGUUUGCUUUUGCUUUAAGUUUUUGGCCCUUUUUUCUACGCUUAGGGAUGUUUAAAACACCAAAUAUCAGCGCACUGAGCCACGAGGAAUGAUCAUCGCAUGUAUUGAUGGAGCUCUUGAGUGAUUCAUUAAAUCUCUUGUGUUGGCUCCCGCUGGGAACGCUUUCAAGCUCCAUCUAGGAAAUGCGCUUAGGAAAUCGAUUAUCAGGCAAUGACGGUAAUCAACAAUAUACAACGAUGACUUGAACUUAAAAGAAACAGAUUUACCAAUGACCCCCCCCCCCCAGACCAGAAACCUUAACUAUAAUUAUUAUAAUUUACAUAAUUUAUUUAAAAUCAGAAUAUUACGUUAUACAGUUCAUGUCGCCACAAUACAGACAAGUGCUAUUGGAAACACGCGCUGAUCAAACAAACGUAUAAUGUGAAUGUUGAUUGUGUUACUGUUUGGUUGUGAUGUCGCAAACAUGAGCGCUCUCACUGGAACAUUUCCUUGACUUUUGUUUCCAUCUUAUGUGACAAUUUUGAUCUAUUCUUUUGAAAAAUGUAUGUACAAUAUUUGUUUUGUGUUUUCUGUAUCCACACGUUUAGCGUCGAUUUAUUGCGUCGUGAUAUUUUUUAAAUUAUUAUCAUAUAAAUUCUGAAAUAUCUUAUUACAAGUCUUUGUUACAAAUGACAUCUCCAAUAAAGCAAAAAUUGUAUUUCCACUCACAAGAGAUGACAUUUUUAAUUACCCAUGGUUUGCAUCUUGAGUUUAAGGCUCCUCGAACGCUUCCAUCAAAGGUGCCGACGCUCCUAAAUGGUCAUACGUUGGCAAGGCUACAUUACAAACAGCCUCGUUCUGUGGACAGUACAGAAUCACUACUGUUCGACAGCUGCGCUGGGUCGGACAGUUAUCCCGGUUGGGAGACGACCGCAUGCCAAAGUCGAUCUUAUUUGGUGAGCUUAAAGGAGGGCGGCGUAACAGAAGUGGCCCCCGUAGUGCUAUAAAGAUCAACUCUGGCGCCUUUUUGCCCUCACUAGCAUAGAGGAAAGUAGCUGGCAGCUUAUGGUCUCUGACAGAGACAGUUGGAGAGCUCUCAUAAAAGUCGCGGGACACACAUUUGAGACUCGAAGAAAAGACUUUGUUGAAGACAGACGCAGAAGACGAAAAAAUAAUUCAAUAGACCCCAGCGGACAACGAAUUUGCCUGCAUCAGAUAUGGAAAUAUAUGCAGGUCGCAGCGGGGUUUGCUAAGUCAUGUGAAACACUGCAUUCAUCCUUAAUCUUGGGAAUCGAAGACAUUAUUAUUAGGAGAUUAGGAGAUAAUAACUUCUACUAUAAAUAUAUAUACAUAUAUAUAUGUAUAUAUACAUUUCUGUGUCAAUGCUCCGGAGAAGUCCAAUCUUGUAGUUUGUUUUUAAUUUUCAAAACGACUUUCCACAAUAUAAAAGCAAUUGAAACAGAAAUACACAGUUCUCAAGUUGCAGAAAAUAAAUUCUAUCUUCCAAUCUACAUAUUUUAUGUCUAUGGUUCUCCAACAUUGAAUAGGAUAAUGCCAAAUGCCUACGUGAGGGAAUACCCAAAGACAUUCAAGAUGAAUAUUUUCUUGUUGUUUAGCCAAAUUUAUUUCUUUUUUCUUUUUUUUUUUUACUUAGAAAAUUAUAACGGUCAAACUAGAGUUUUCCCAGUGUGGCCAACGAGCUAGUUAUUCUUUUCCAAGAGAGAGAUAGCAAUUGUCGAAUUUCUAGGAAAAUGGUUAAAUCCUUUUGCGACAAUCAGGUACACCACCCAGAAGUUUCCACCCAGGUUUACGUUACCACGAAGGUACGAAUUGAAUAGAGCUAAUCUAAUAAAGAUUUGUUUAAAAACAAAAAAAACAAAAAAAAAAACUUACAUAAAUGCAAAACUGGCAAGAGAAAUCGUUUAAAAGCCAGAUUUUAUACGAAAGAGAGACUAGGGAUCAAUUUUUAAAAACAAAUUUUAAACAAUUCGCACCUUACAUAUUUUCUUUUAUUUUGAUUUUUGUUUAAAAUUAUUUAUCUUUGAAUGUAAAUUUCGAAUUUUUUUUAACAACAGAGAAAUAUUGCAGAUUUUCAAAGAAUGAAGGCCAAUCCAUAAAUAGCAAUCAUUUUUUUUUUUGGUUUAUCCGAUGUACAGAAUUUGUCUGUUCGAGUAAUAAAUGCUCCUUCUUCCCUAGUGCUACUAGAUCAUGAAAUGGGUUGCCUGGGUCAGCCAAGAAAAAGAAUUUCUUCUUCUUCUUCAUCGUUCUCAUUGUUAUGUUGGAGUGUUCAUAUGACUAGACCAAUACAUAAAAAUAACUUGGCAGAAUUUAAAUCAUUGAUUAACAUGCAUGACUACAGUGACUUAGAAAUACUCAUAGCGGCAUAGGACGUAACCAUCUUCUUUGUUGAAGUUAGGUCUGUAUUUCGUGAGAUAAAGAUAAAAAUCAUAUGUCUAUGAUAAAAACUUUAUACAUUCCAUCAGAGGCGUAGUUGGGGGGGGGUGAUCAAGGGGGCCACGAUGCCACGGUCACCACCCUUAGGUGUGCCACAAGCAGAGGCACCAAAAAAUAAAAAUUAUUGUUGAUAUUUUAGUUAGGUAAUACAUUCUAAGGAUAUUUGUAUUAUAAUAUUAUUAUUAUAUAAUUUUUAUUUAUAAGCCUACAUUUCUUUGUGAUGUUCAUGAAAAAUUGAGGGGGGAUUUUUUUCCCCGGGCGCACUACGCCUCUGCAUCCCAUGCUUUAUAGAUCUAGUAUUUGUGUGUGCACUUUAUCGCACUGUAGAAUGAGAUUAAAAUUCAAAUGUAAACAAAGAGCAGAUUACUGUGAUUAUCUUUUACUAACUUUGAUUGUGAAAACCUCCAACUGUGUGUAAAAUCGAGUGAGAGGCGUCUAUGGUUACUUCAUUUAAAUAAAACUCAGAGUGAACUAUUAAAAA